AUGGCGAUCGAGGCAGCAGACUGGAGUGUGGGCACAGACCAGACCAUCCCGGCCAAGAGCGACAGUCAGCUGGAGGAGGCAUGGGACCUUUGGCUGGACAUGGCUGCUCAAGACAACAAACAGCAGGCUCCACCUACCAAGAAGGUUGAGGUCUGUGUUUCGACUCCCCCCGAACGCAAAGCCGAGAGACGCGAGGCCGGGGACCCCGAGGAUGCGGAGGCCGAAGCCUGGGACCCUUUCGACGCCUUCGAGGCCCAGGACAAGGCAGCGGAGCGGCUCGGCGCGAAUCCCGUGCCGGAGGCCGUUCCGGACGCCACAGUGGCAGAUGCCUGGGAUGCGUUUGAUGCUUUGGAGGCCGGGGACAAGGCAACGGAGCAGCCCAGCGCUAGUCCAGCGCCGGAGGCGAUUCCGCACGCCACUGUGGCGGAUGCCUGGGAUGCAUUUGGGGCUUUGGAGGCCCAGGACAAGGAGAAGCCAGCAGAGCAGCUCAGCGCGAAACCAGCGCCGGAGGCGGUUCCGAAUGCCACGGUGGCAGACGCCUGGGACGCGUUUGAUGCCUUGGAGGCCCAGGACAAGGUGAAGGAAGCAGAGCCGCUCAGCGCGAAUCCAGCGCCGGAGGCGUUUCCGAAUGCCACAGUGGCAGACGCCUGGGACGCGUUUGAUGCCUUGGAGGACAAGGCAGAAGAGCCGCUCAGCGCAAAUCCAGCGCCGGAGGCGGCUGCGAAUGCCACGGUGGAAGACGCGUGGGACGCGUUUGAUGCUUUGGAGGCCGAGAACAACGCGGUUGAGCAACGCAGCCUGGAGCCACUGCUUCCUACCAGUGAGGUUGCAUGGGGGCGGCAGGAGACAGCGACGCAGCCGAUGGAGGCCCCAGAUCGGCACACGUUGAAGUCCCAGCUCGCUGACCUGGGCGUGCUGUCCGAUGAGGAUGCUGCCGAGGUGGAGCCUUGCCCUCGGCCCGCGCGCGUGCGGGAGGCCGCCGAUGCACGCAAGGCCCCUGCGCUGCAAACACCCUCGCGGCCCGAGCCUGGUGGUGCCAACCAAGAGGCGCCGGAGGCAGUGCUUCCAGCAGACACUGGACAGCCCCAAGCGGAUCCUGUCCCAGACGAGGCACAAAUCCCCAAACCUGCUGCCAAAGCGCCCAAGGGGCUGCCCAAACUGGCCCCGGAGGCUUUAGAACGGCUGCCGAUGAAGUCGCAGCUCGUUGCGUUGGGCCUGAUGUCUGAGGAUGAGGAGAUGUCCUCCGACGAGGCGGACGGUGGCUUAGAGGAUCUGAAGGAUGGGGCGCGGUCGCUGCUGCAGUGCGAGGACAUGGAGAUCGUGUCCAAUGCCAGUGACGAGGGCGUCGAGAUUCCGUGGGUGGAUGAGUCCGAGGCUCUGGCGGUCGAACCUCUUCGGGACAGCGGGGCCUUGGCCCAGGAGAGUUCCCAGCCUGUGCCAGCCCCUGCACCCCCACGCAAGGGCCGCCUGCGGAAGUUGCAGGACAGCGAGGCGUUGCCGAGGCUGGAGGAGGACCCCAGCUCAAAGCAGCGCACGCCGCCACCAACCGCAGCCCCGGCGCCCCCGGCUGCGAAGGGCCGCACUCCGCGACCGCGCCAAAAUGGCGCGGAAUCUGGAAGCAGGAAGCGUCCAGCUCCAGUUGUGGAGGCUGGAUUCGAGAUUCCGUUCGCGACAGUCGCCCCUCGCCAAGACAAGGUUGCUCCUGCAGUGCCUCGCGAGCCUCCGCGCCAAAACGGUGUGGCCGGCAAGCGCAAGGCGCCUCCCUCGCCCUCACCGCCCGCAGCUCCCGCCAAGUGCCGCGUGCCCGAGGCGCCGCCGUUGCCGCCCAUUUCCAGCCUCAUGAGCGGCAGCAAAGGUCAGACUCGCAAUUUGCCACACCCGGUGACUCCGACCUUUUGGGAGUCCGAAUGUGUAUACGUGAGUGUUCGAUGUGAGUAG